AUGCCACAAGGGCUGAAGCUACCAUCUCUUGCCAACGGAUCAGCUCAUCAAAUGCACCCUUCCAAUGAACGCCUGAUCACAAUUAAUGUCAGCGGUCUACACUUUCAAACAAAGGAGAGUGUACUCUCCAAAUACCCCAACACACUCCUAGGCGACCGAAAACGUCGCCUGCCAUUCUAUCACAAAGACUUGGACGAGUUUUUCUUCGACAGACACAGGCCGAGUUUUGACGGAAUAUUUGAGUUCUACAAGACUGGAAAGAUACGCCGACCCAUAAAUGUACCUCUAGACGUCUUUCUUAUGGAACUCACUAAUUUUGAUAUGGGAGAAACGGUGAUAAACCAAGUUCUUAAACAGGAGGGGUGUAAGCAUACGCGACACGGGGAAAAGGCGCCAAAUUCUGAACCACGGCGGACAAUUUGGUACCUUUUUGAGCGCCCGGAAAGUUCUAUCUUAGCAGGUAUUGUGGCAACAUUAUCCUGUGUGAUCACACUGCUAUCUGUGGCAGGGACGUGCUUUCAAACACUCCCACAAUAUCGUCAAAAGGCGAACAACGUCACGAGCGACCCCUUGCGGUUUCAUGCUGCGUUUCAGGACUCGUUUUUCUGCAUUGAAACUGGUUGCGUCUCGUGGUUUGCAUUUGAACUUGGGAUCCGGUUUUACGCGUCCACCAACAAGAUCAAGUUUGUCAAAGACAUUCUCAACAUCUUAGACUUUCUCGCCAUCCUUCCAUACGUCGUGACCUUGGUACUCCUUUUAAGCAACACAAGGGGAAAGUCGGAAGUAUCUCUUGUCGUGGUACGAAUCGUCCGAUUGGUCAGAAUCUUGAGGGUCUUCAAACUGACGCGUCACGUGACUGCUAUGAAAAUUCUGUUAACGACAAUCUAUCGGUGUCGAUCUGCCCUGGGUACGAAGCUUCUGUUUUUGUUAACGGGGACGGUACUGUUCGCUGGUCUGGCGUAUGUAGCGGAGAGUAACGUCGUGGGUUCAAAGUUCAGCAGUAUCCCAGAAUCCUUCUGGUGGGCCGUGGUCACCAUGACGACCGUUGGGUACGGUGACGUCAUUCCGGUCACCGCAGGUGGAAAAAUUGCAGCUUGCGCAUGCGCACUGUUUGGGUUACUUGAAGUUUCCAUGAUAUGUCCAAUAUUCAUCGAAGAGUUUGAAAAUGUUUUGAGGUCAUAUUCACAAGAUUCGGUAAAGAUAUUAUGUCAGAAUGAAGAACGCACAGAGAAGAAACUAUUAAGAAGACCGUCCUUACAGUCUCUUGUAGAAAAAGAAACGUCCAUGUGACGUUUGGACCGAAUAUAAGAUGUUCAAUCAUAUAUAUAUAUGAGUUGUGCAGGCACAGUUUUCAGUUGUCAUUAGGUAAACCUUAUAUACUUCGAAUAGACCAUCUACAGCCGAGAAGCCUGUUAAUUGCACAACGGAUUAACGCACACUCCUGUUAACUGCACCGAAUUCCAAAAUUUCAAAUCAGUUCUUUCCAGCUGGGGAACUUCGCAUUAUUGCACCAGCCGUAUACAGUAGAAGCCAGUUAAUUGUACAGCGGAUUAACGCACACUUCUGUUAACUGCACAGAAUUCCAAAAUCCUAAACCAGUGUAUUCCAGCUGGGGAACUUUGCAUUAUUGUGCCAGCCGCAUAAUUGUACGAAAUACGCUGGCAAGUAGGCUGUGCAAUUAAACGGCUUCUACUGUAUUAUUUCAAUUAGCAGAUCAACCAAUGAGGGAAUGGGAAUUGUUAGUCCAACCAAUGAGAGAGUGGCUUCUUGAUCAUGUGACUGUUUUUUGUGACAUCAGUGGCAGAAACAAUAGAAACAAACAUCCCCUGGCAACAAUGAAAACAAGGACAAACCGAUAAAGAAACAGUCCUAUAUACAAGUAUUGUGCAUGUUAAA